CAUGGAGGUUUUAGCGAAAGCCGCUGUGGCAGAAAUCUGCAAGCUUGUAGACGACGGCUAUGCGGUUUUACGCUUGGAAAUAUCUCGAAGUGAGAAAGAGAACCAGACACUGAAGCGAAAGCUGCAGAUGCUGGAGGUGAUGGUUGCACGGGGAUAUGCAGACGCCGGACUGCGAGACAGCUCUCCCGAGUGCCGUCCUGACGGGGUCCAGGUUUGCGAUGCAUUAAGAGAGGGACAUUUUGCAAAUUCAGAGAAAGCCUUUGGCAGCCGGUUGGGCAUUGGUCUGUGGAGAGCCAGAGAGCCCACAACUGUGGAUGAGGUGGACACUGUAAUGCAGUCCAUCACUCAGGAUGAGGCUGCAGACAUGGAAGAGGGAAGGCCUGAGUCACAGCCCAUCAAAGAGGAGGCUCUUGAAUGGGAUGUAGAGAACAGUGACCCACAAGCACAACUGAAGAUCAGUGGAGACAGAGCUGUAGUGUCGGAUCCUGAUGGUAGUGAAAGGGCGGACACACAGACUGCACCUGCUAUAGACACAGAAGAGCUCACUGAGCAGCACAGGACUAGACACAGUGUUUGGGAAGACAGUGGACUGGACGCUGUCCUUAAAGCAGAACCAGAAAAUGAGACCGUAAACCUCCAGGAUGCAGAAUCUGAACUUGGUGCCCAGAAACUAAAUAUUUUGGACUAUGAGGACAUAAUUCAUGAGGGACCCUGUCAACAGGAAUUUUUCAUCACUCAAGGGGUCACAGAGAAAGACAAUGAGAAUCCAGCAGUCUCUCGCACUACAGAAAGUGACACAGACAACCUGUCUGUUCAGUCAGAGCUGCUUUCUGGGAAAAGUUUACCCUCUUUGGGGUCUCUGGAUGUGAAAAGAGAGGAGGAAAUGAUCGACUCUGAACUCUUGAAAGUGGAAGCUGAGGCUGCAGACAUGGAAGAGGGAAGGCCUGAGUCACAGCCCAUCAAAGAGGAGGCUCUUGAAUGGGAUGUAGAGAACAGUGACCCACAAGCACAACUGAAGAUCAGUGGAGACAGUAAGUGUGAUGGAGGAUUGGGGUCCUGUGGAAAUCAUUAG